AUGGAGACUAAUUCUAUCGUGGGACUGCCACCCCUACCACCGCAGUUGGUGGCCGUCCUUGCUAGCAAUAUUGAUGGCCGGUUAAACAAUGUUCUGUUUCGCCAAAAGCAGAUGCGCAGGUUGCAUGGGUGUAUUGUCAACAAUAUGGAUGACAUCAGGGCCAGUAUCGUCGAAGAUUACGGGCAUAGCCCAGAGGAAGUCCAAACAGAGUUGUGCCUCGCCUUACAGGAAGUGCACACCCAUUUUGCCUCUCUUGAUUUGAAACAUGAUCUUCAGAGUGAAUAUCUCGUGGCCCAUGGAGAAGAUAAUUGGAAAGCAACCCGAGGAGCUGGGAUUAUAUAUAUAAUUCCAACCACGCAUACGCUAUUUUACUCCGUCAUUGCUGCCCUAAGUGCCUCUAUCGCAGCGGGAAACUGUACUAUUAUUGAGCUCCAGAAAAGCAGCUCACGGACAUCGUUUCUUCUAUGGAAUAUCCUAACUGAUGCCUUGGACAAUGAUAUAUUGGCGGUGUGUGAAGAACGUCCCAGUUUGAGCUUUUUACAGAACACUCUCGUCGUCGCCCAACGUCGUCUGGACGACCUGGCUGCGGAAGGUCUACGUGUUUUGAUCCCCCAGGAUGAGCGAGUCGCUGCCAUCGUUGAUCGUACAGCCAAUGUUGAUGAAGCCGCUGCCGGGCUGGUCAUGUCUCGGUUUGCCUUCGGUGGUCGAUCUCCAUAUGCGCCGGACAUUGUUCUUGUUAAUGAGUUCUGCCUUGGACGCUUUAUUGAAGCUGUAAUCAAACAUGCCGCGGCUUGGAUGCGCAGUGGCUCUCUCAGCCAGGACGCUUGUAUAGUUACAGGGCAGAAGAAGUUGCGUUCUCUGCUGGAUGGUGUGGCUCCUGAGGACGGUGUGCAAACCAUCGUCUCUGGGGAUGACUGGGGUGUAGUGCAAAUUCGCAACCGGAACUCGCCUCUUCUUCAACGUAAGUUUGAGGGCAAGUUUCUUAUACUCCACGCAGUGUCUAGUUUAGACGACGCAAUCAACUUUUCCAAUUCCAAAGAUAAUCAUGCUACAUAUACUUUUGCUCGUUUGGAUGCCGCUAAGUACGUCUCCGAGUCAAUUAUCUCACAAGCAGCGUGGAUUAACCAUGUACCGUUCCAUAUGCUCCUUGGCCCUGCCCUCCCACACAGCAGGCCUCUCAGUCCAAGCUCUCGGUAUACAGCCAACCUGUUCCGAGUGCCGCAUCCCAAGAUUGUGCAUCCUACUGUCGACUCUGCUUUGGUCAAAAGUAUAUUGCUUCCGUCGGCUGCCGCAGGGGAGAAGACGUUGCAGAAACUAUUAUCUUCACCUCCAGAAGUUGAGCAGCGCCCUGGUCAUAGGGUUGGCUUCUUUGAGCAAGGAUUGAUCUCCGGAACAUCAGUCGUCCUUUCCUUCAUAAUAUGUGUGUCAAUGAUGGGAGUCCGGUUUCUAAGAUCUUAG